UGUUAGCAAGCUUUGAACUUCGAAAGGCCUGCGUCUUCAUGGCGAAUGGAUGCACAGAUGUGCUUUUUACCCGUGGAGCAGGGCAUAGUGAUGAUUCUGACAUAUGGGACGACACAGCGCUGAUUAAAGCUUACGAUAAAGCAGUUGCAUCUUUCAAGACUGCCCUUAAGGGUGAAGAAGACACACCACCCACCAAGGACAAUCCAGGAAAGAAGCGGAAAAACGACAAAAAGAAUCAGAGCAGAAAGAGAAGUAAUUUCCCUCCAGAAAAAGAGUGGCAUGUCGGGGACUCCUGCAGUGCCUACUGGUCUGAGGAUGGUCAACUGUACGCUGCCACCAUCUCCACCAUACAUGAGAACAAAGGCACCUGCGUGGUCGUGUUCACCGACUACGGCAACCAGGAGGAGCAGAACCUCUGCGACCUGCUGUCUGAAAGCUCGGAGGUAGAGGAGCCGCCUCCAAAUGUGGUCACCGAGCCCGAGUCCUCGACGGAGGAGAGUGACAGGUCGUCCACACAUCAACGCAGUCGCCCUCAGCCGCACUCCAAAUCCCCUAAAGCACCUGCCACGUGGGCCCCAGGCUUCCCUGGUUUUCCCUUUCCUCCGGGCCCCCCUCCAAUGCCUGGCUUCAGACCAGGUGCAAACAGACGGUCAGGAGGUUCUGACUCCACCCCUCCAGGCUGGCCUCCCAUGAUGGCAUGCGGGCCCCCGAUGAUCCCUCCACCGCCCCCGAUGAGCCCAGACAUGGAGGACGACGACGCCAUGGGCAGCAUGCUCAUCUCCUGGUACAUGAGUGGCUACCACACAGGAUACUACCUGGGCUUGAAACAAGGCCGCAAAGAGGCCACGUCUGGAAAGAAGACUCAUCGCAAGUGAUCUCGCCGCGAUUCACGUACUCGACGUAACGAGUCCACUGAGGGGAGACGAGGCUACACAGUUCUGAACCUGGAGAAAGGAACACAUGUCAAUGAAAUGUUACGUGGUGGUAUAGAUUUCCAAUUCCACGUUGUUCAAGAGUCAUUUUUGUAUUCUUUGUAAAUAAAUCAAAUCAAGGCUACCAAAGCA